GUAAUAUUGAUGGUCCUAGGUACAGGUAGCCCCUGAAUUCCUAAUGAUGUAGGUACGUAUCCCGGGUCCGUGUGAAUGUCAAGCUUAUCGCGGUACGAUAACGGUGGUCCAGGCGCCACAUACAGAUGUUAAGCUCCAAUUAGCGUGUCUUAUUCCCUAUUGACUACCCCCUUGUCAAGUAAAUAUCGAUGCAUCUUUACUUCGGGACCUGAAGCUUUUCUUGGGUUUAUCUGAAGAUUAUCUCGCGGGCCUACUCUGCAUAUUCUCAGUGUUGGCUUACUGGAGUAAGAAAAUGAUAGCAUCAGAAAAGCUCGAAGCCACCGGUCUUUUAUGAGUGAGACCUCGAAACGUGACCGAAAAAAACGGUAUACGACUUAUACGUUGUGUAUGAGCAAAACGGUUCCUCGUUCUCGUUUUAUUUAGGGGGUUCAGGUGUCAUCGGUCUGGAAAUUGACCAGUCAUCUUUUUCUUUCCCACAAUGGCGGAUCCUUGCAUAGCGGCGGAUGAGAUGCCCAGUGAGGAUGUCGAGAUGGAGGGUACCGAUUUGCCUCCCAGCAACGGGCUUAAUGGGCUUGGUAACAAACCUUUCGAUGGAGACGGCGAUGCACGUAGCCGGCCAACCCAGCCACUGGAGGAUAUAGAACAAACAAAUCAUACUCAACCCAAAUCAGACCCCGACGAGAAACAACCGAUUUCUUCAUCGCCGCCACCGAAUGGCGACUCCAACAAGAUGAAAUCGGCAUCUAAGAAGAAGGGCACCGCAGCUAAGAAGGGUCCCAAAAAGUCUAGAUCGUCUAAAUCUAAGUUCAAUUCAAAGAAAGGUACUUCGGCAACUGACCCCGCUGGUGGCGCACAUGAAGCAAGUUCCGAUGACGAGACUGAUAAUGGCCCUUACUGUAUCUGCCGUGGGCCGGAUGACCACAGAUGGAUGAUAAGCUGUGAUGUCUGCGAAGACUGGUUUCAUGGGGAAUGUGUUGACCUCGACAAGGACGUCGGUGAAAAGUUGGUUGAGCGCUUCGUCUGUCCUAACUGCACCGACGGCAAACGCCACUACACUAAGUACAAGAAGACCUGCUCUCUGGCUGGCUGUAAGAACCCGGCUCGUUUAUAUACCAAGACCCUCAAAGACAGGAGCGUCUUCUGCUGCAGCGACCACUGCGAUGCCUGGUGGAUCAAUAUGAUUAGCACGUUACCGACGAAGGCGGCCUCUGAGAAGGCUAUCGAGGUUCUCACCCAGGAGGAUUUUGUUGGCCUUCUUGUCAACACCGCCGAGCAGAGUAGCUGGAAGCUUGGCGAUCAACCAUUUGGCAAUAUGGAAGGUCUCUGGUCCAAUGGUCUCCCGACCCGCUCUGGUGUUCUUAGCGGCGAAGAGCAAGCCUUCUUGAAGAAUUCCUCUGCGGAGCGCCUCGCUCUGGGCAAUGAGAUUGUGCAAUAUAAGAAGAUGAUGCAACUCAUUGAUUGGGCCAACCAUCGCCGACAGCUAGCGAUCGAGGCGGGGAAAUUCACCAAGGAGAGUUGCGGUUAUGACUGGCGACUCGACACAGUAUCUGUACGCCAUCAGUUCUCGGAAUGGCUCGAGACCCCGGAGGGUCAAGCGACCUUUAAGGCUGGCCGGCUCGAUGCUCCUCUUGAUCCAGACCUGCAAGGAGAACAGGCUACUCGCGGCAUGUGCGAGAAGAAGCGGUGCAAGCCGCACAACGGAUGGUAUAAGUUACUGAUGAGUACGGUUAGGACUCUAAUCAAGGAAACGGCGACAGCUGCGGCAGACAAGUUGAACUCGGAGGACGUCAUGCGCCAAGCGGCGGAGGCUCGGUUUGAAAGACGCCAACUGGAGAAAAAUUCAGUGGAGAUUUUAGACAGCUGACGUCGGACUGGCUACUUGAUGCUAUGAGCGACAGGGAUGAAGAAAAUGAGUGUAGAAGAGGUGUCUCGUUCUGUAAUUUGCUGGCGACAGGAGUUAUUCUGACUAUAUUGAGGCCCUCUGCUUAUCUUGAAACCACACCUUGCUAAAGCCAUUUUGGUAUUUUUCAUGCCCUACAAUGUAUCCUGCAAAGUGGUACAUAGACUCGUGGGUCCGGCACCAU